AUGUUUGUCCCCCCCACCACCCCCUACCACCCCCACCACGCCCCUACCACCCCCCGCCACCCCCACCACGGCCCUACCACCCCACCACCCCCCGCCACCCCCACCACGCCCCUACCACCCCACCACGCCCCUACCACCCCCCUACCACCACACCACGCCCCUACCACCCCCCUACCACCCCACCACGCCCCUACCACCCCCCUACCACCCCACCACGCCCCUACCACCCCACCACGACCCUACCACCCCACCACGCCCCUACCACCCCACCACGCCCCUACCACCCCACCACGCCCCUACCACCCCACCACGCCCCUACCACCCCACCACGCCCCUACCACCCCACCACGCCCCUACCACCCCCCGCCACGGCCCUACCACCCCCUACCAACCACCCACCAACCACCCACCACCCCCACACACACCAACAUGACUGAUAAAUAUCCUCAAAGCAGGACUGGCCUUGAAUGUAGAAACCGUUACCGCCUGGUCCCAACAAUCGAUCAGAGAGAACAAGAUGGCGCUGAGCUGAGCGGAGCAAACAGGAUCGAUCACCGAAACACUCGAUGGACUUGCUCCUGUCAAAAUAACAAAGUUUCUGCGACUCUCUCUUUUAAUCAAAACGGAAACGAGCAAGAAACAAGGACCAUGGAAUUCCCUUGGCACUGUGAGAAGGUUCUGGAGCAGCUGAACCUGCAGAGGAAGGAGGGCUUGCUGUGUGACUGUACUUUUGUUGUGGAUGGAGUAGAUUUUAAAGCCCACAAAGCUGUCCUUGCUGCCUGCAGUAUCUACUUCCGCACUCUCUUUGUCGACCAGAAGGAUAUAGUGCAUCUGGACAUAAGUAAUGCAGCAGGUUUGGGCCUGGUCUUGGACUUCAUGUACACUUCUAAAUUGAGUCUAGCCAUAAAUAAUGUGGUUGAUGUGUUGAUGGUGGCAAAGUUUUUGAAGAUGCCUGAGAUUGUAAAUGCCUGCUCUGCUUUUCAAACCAUGACCAACCCUGGCCCCACCAUCAUCACUGUCGACGAACUUGGGGAUACAUUAUUGAAAGUAGAACCAGGCGUAUCUAUGGAAACUGAUCUGUCACAAGUGUUCCCUUCAGAGGAUGCUACGGAUUCUACUCAGGACAAAGUGCCGUCUGACAUUAAAUCAAGUGAAACGCUACAAUCCGGACAGUUGGAGGCGCUACGGCCUUGUGCGCAACAGUCAGACGUGCAACAGUCAGACGUGCAACAGUCAGACGUGCUACAGUCAGACACGCUAAAGUCAGACACACUGCACCCAGGCGCGCUACAGUCGGACGCGCUACAGUCGGAUGCCCUACAGUCGGACGCGCUACAGUCGGACGCCCUACAGUCGGACGCCCUACAGUCGGACGCCCUACAGUCGGACGCCCUACAGUCGGACGCCCUACAGUCGGACGCCCUACAGUCGGACACCCUACAGUCGGACGCCCUACAGUCGGACGCCCUACAGUCGGACGCCCUACAGUCGGACGCCCUACAGUCGGACGCCCUACAGUCGGACGCGCUACAGUCGGACUCGCAGCAAAUUGACUCAAAAACUGCAUUCUCUGGCCGAUCAAGACCCUCUAAAACACCUCCAACAAUCACAAAGAAAAUAGUUGUAAAAAAGGCAGCGGUACAAGAAGGCUUCAAAGACGACCCAUCCGAUGCUGACUACACACCCUAUGCCCCGUCCAAAUCAGCUGGACGCUCCUCCUACAUGAGUUCAAGAGGGAGGAGGAUCAGGAAACCACCUCUGAGGAACUAUCCGCCAGAAAAUGAGUCGGAGAAAGAUGGCCAAUCUAUCGAAGACGAUGAGAAGAGUACUGUGGCGGAGGAAUCACAGAAUAAGACCGAGAAUAGCAGCGGUGAUGAGGAGGAGACGGACGACAGUGAUGGGAGUGGGCAGGAUGAUGAAGAGGGCGAUGGGACCUCCACGACCGACCAGUACAAGCCGAAGAGCGGCAGGGCUGAGACCAAACAAUACAGCUCUGUGGCUCAUAAGUGUGAGAACUGUGGGAAGGUAUUUACUCAUACGGGAAACUUCAAGAGACACGUACGUAUCCACACAGGAGAGAAACCCUUCUGCUGCAGAAGCUGUAGCAAGGCUUUCUCUGACCCUGCCGCCUGCAGAGCCCACGAGAGAACACACAGUCCUCUGAAACCGUUCAGCUGCUCCACAUGUGGGAGGAGCUACCGUCACAUCAGUCUGCUCAACAUGCACCUGAAGCGCCACACGGGGGAGGCUCGCUACAGCUGCGACCAGUGCGGGAAACUCUUCACCACCUCAGGGAACCUCAAACGGCACCAGCUGGUCCACAGCGGGGAGAAGCCGUUCCACUGUGACUUCUGUGACCGAGCCUUCUCUGACCCCACGGCCAAAAUGAGGCACUUAGAGACCCAUGACACAGAGAAGGACCACAAGUGUCCGCACUGCGACAAGCGCUUCCAUCAGCUGGGAAAUCUGAAAGCUCACCUGAAGAUUCACAUUACUGAUGGGCCUCUGAAGUGCAAAGCCUGUGGAAAGCAGUUCACCACUUCAGGGAACCUCAAAAGGCAUCUGCGAGUCCACACUGGAGAGAAGCCGUACGUCUGCACUCACUGCCAGAGACCGUUCAGUGACCCCGGAGCCCUGCUGCGCCACUGCCGCACUCACACCGGUGAAAAACCAUGUGUGUGCAAAGUGUGUGGUAAAGCUUUCACUCAGGCCAGCUCCCUCAUCGCUCACUUCAGGCAACACACCGGAGAACGGCCCUAUGUCUGUGACCGCUGUGGAAAGAGGUUCACUCAGUCCAGUCAGCUGGCCAAUCACAUCAAACAUCACGACAACGUGCGUCCACAUAAAUGCCACUUGUGCACGAAGGCGUUUGUGAACGUGGGAGACCUGUCCAAGCACAUCAUCGUCCACACGGGUGAGUCCUGCCUCUGA